AUGCUCAGGGCCGCCGUUGAGCGCUUCGGCGCCCACGUGGCCGUGGGCGCGGGCGCCGCGGGUGCCGCUGCCGCCGCCGCCGUGCCCACCGCGCGAUGCGCCAAGGACGAGGCGAAGACCGUCGCGCCCUCGUUCGAUCCCGAGGCGCUCGAGCGCGGCGCCAAAGCGCUCAGGGAGAUCAACUCGUCCCCGCACGCCAAGAACGUCAUCUCCCUGUCCACCGAGCAGGAGCGCACCAAGGCUGCCGAGGCGCAGGCCAAGCAGGCCGAGAUGCAGGCGCUCGCCGCGCAGCACGCCACCAACACCGAACGCGUCCGGUGGGAGGAGCAGCGCAAGACCGAUGAGGCCAGGGCGCAGCAGCAGGCGCAGAUCAAGGAGUACGAGGAUCAGCUCGCGCGGAAGCGCUACAACUCCGAGCACGAGGCGACGCGGCAGCGCAACGCCGAGAUGGUCAAGAUGCAGGAGGACGCGUCGCAGCGCCAGGAGUCGCUGCGAAGGCAGACCGAGGAGCAGAUUCAGCAGUCGCGCCGCGAGACAGAUCGGCAGAAAGCCGAGCACGAGCGCGAGCUCAUCCGCGCCAAGUCCAUCGCGGAGGCUGAAGGCAGGAUCGCGGAGAACAGGGCGAACGAGGACGUGAUCCGCCGGCAGAUGCUGGCGCGGAUCGAGGCGGAGACGAGCAAGGCGAUGCAGCUGCUCCAGGAGACUCUGUCCACCGUCGGGAAAGGAUUCUCCGGCCUGCUCGAGGACAGGCAGAGGGGCGCGGCGUUCGUGGGCGGGAUCACCGCGCUCGCCGUUGGCGUGUACGGCGCGAGGGAGGGCAGUAGGAUGGGAUUCCGAAUGCUCGAGAGGUACCUCGGGCAGCCGUCGCUCGUCCGCGAGACGAGCAGGAACAUCUGGGGUUUCCGCCCCCAGGCCGCUCAGGCGGCGACGGCGACCGCCGCUCAGGCCGGCGAGGGCGCGUCCGCCGUCGCGAAGGCCAGCCCCGGCGCGGGAGGCAUCCUCGGCGACGUCGUGCUCCAGCGUAACCUCGAGUCUCGCGUCAAGCACCUCGCCGUCGCCACCGCGAAUACCCGAAAAAACUCGGCGCCGUUUCGUAACGUCAUGCUCUACGGUCCCCCCGGCACCGGUAAGACCAUGGCCGCCAAGAGGCUCGCGAGGUACUCCGGCCUGGACUACGCCCUCAUGACCGGCGGUGACGUCGCGCCGUUGGGCGCCGACGCCGUGACCCGCAUUCACGAGCUCUUCGACUGGGCGUCGACGUCUCGCCGCGGUUUGUUGCUCUUCAUCGACGAGGCGGAUGCGUUUCUCGCCAAGCGUUCGGGCGGCGUCGCGGCGUCCGAGACUGCUCCCGGCGUCCGCGCGGCGCUCAACGCGCUGCUGUAUCGCACCGGCGAGCUCUCCCGCGACGUCGUCCUGGUGGUCGCGACGAACAGGCCCGAGGAUUUGGACGCCGCGGUGCUGGACCGCAUGGACGAGUCCCUCGAGUUUGGCCUCCCCGACGCGGAGGCUCGUCAGCGCAUGGUCCGCCUGUACUUCGAUAAGCUGAUCGCGCGCGGCGAGGACGCGGGCGACGACGCGCCGGCGCAGGGGUUACUCGGCGCGAUGGGCAUCGGCAAGGGGGGCAAGCGCGGCGGCGGAAAGAAGGGGACUCCGAUUGCGGUCUCGGCGGAUGUCGACGACGCGGCGCUGAAGGCGGUGGCUGAGCAGACGGAGGGGUUCAGCGGGCGCGAGAUCGCGAAGAUGAUGGCGUCCGUGCAGGGCGAGGUGUACGGCAGCAACGCGCCGGAGCUGACCCUGGACAUUCUCCGCGGGGUUGUGAGUCACAAGGUGGCGGAACACGCCGCCAGGGGCGCGGGUUUCGGCAAAAAGUGA